UCUUGUAUUGUAAUCUAGUUUCUCCGAAACAGUGUUUUUAUUACAUUUCUUAAAUUUAUAUAAAAUUUAAAGUAAAUGUGAGUGUAUUUAAAAUUAAGGCCGUAUAGGUGUAUUUGUUACACAAUGGAUAUUAACGAAGGUACAACAACAGACGACUUAUGGACACCGUUCAAGGAACUGGUGGCCGUGGUGGAGGGUUACCUGGCUCAUGAAAGUAGGGGAGCACCAUAUGCUGUACACACAUUCGAGUCUGUCCUCAGGCGACAUAAACAGACAUUCUUAUCACUGUUUAAGUAUCCUGCAAAAAAUCCCGCGAGUCGAGAAGAAAUAAAACGAGGCAUCACAGAGGGUGUGAACCUGCCCAGUUUAGGGAGAACUUUACUCUCAAAGGAGUUGGUGGAUGAGGCUAUAAUUAUAUCUGAUAUGUACAAUGUCAACGAGUACUUGGCUCUGGAACUUUUGCACACUGCGCAACGUCAGUCACCCCGACACCCCGGCCUGCCGCGGGGGCUGGUCGCCAUACUGCUACUGUACGACGGGCGGCAGGCGCUGGUACAGGCAUUGAAAGAGUUAGUCAUGGCCAGGGAUGGUGUUUGCUGGUCUAUAAAUGCACGCGAGGAGAUCGUAAAUUAUGUGUCGCGGUACGUGGAGCAGCUGGUGGGCGACGGGCUGGAGGGCAGCGUGCUGGACGCGCUGCGGCGCUACUCGCUGGAGGCGGAGCUGCAGCUGCUGCAGGCCAACCGCGCGCUGCCGCCGCACCGCCACCACGUGCGGCUCGUGGCCACCAUACACCACACCAGAAAACUGCUAGCUGGUGUCGUCUUUGCAGCUUCAGCGCAACGUGGCCUCAACAGGGAUAUUCUGCUACGGUUGCUUUCAGAGCAAACAACGUCGCCAUCUUUAGGUCCGACGGGCGCGCUGGACGAGGUAUCGUUGGCUCUGCAGAUGGCGCUACUGUAUGCAUUAGACUUGUCAGUACUACAUGGACGGGAAGAUGGUGAAGAAUUAGCAAAGAAACUACCCUUAAUACAAAAUCCGGAGCUGAUCUCAGUGCUGAUUGACGAACUACUGCCUGCACAGGUACCCCAGACUGGAGGGGUUGUACAGCCGGCGACGGACGGAGGCGGCGGCUCGGGCGCACGUGCGCUGUGUCAGCUGGCGCUGGGGCUGGCGCUGGCGGCGCUGCGCCGCGGCCCGCACUCGCUGCAGCGCCGCCCCGACCUGCUCGACCGCGGGGACGACCUCGUCGACGCCGCCGUCGCGGCCAAGGUGUUUGAAUAUCUGGACGAAGCGAUACUUUCAACGGACUUUGUAAGCAAAGAGGAGUAUUACCAACGUCGAAUACACACGCUUAUCACAGACUUUAUAGUGCUAAUGCACUCCAAGCUUAUAGAGAUGAGAGUCAAAGCGGACGAGGCAGCGCGUGCGGUGCAGAUGUACGCGGCGGAGGGGCUGGCGCCGCCGGCCGCCGCCGCUCAGCCGCGCACGCACCUCGACGCCCUGCUGCGCUGCGUGGAGCGGCUCUACGCCGCCGACCCGCGCCGUCUGCGGGACGACUACUGGCUCGCCUGCGGACACCACCCGCCGCACCACCAGCCGCACCACGCGCUCAGGGCGGGCGGGCGCGCGGCGACGCUGUAUAAGUUCGUGCGUCUGUCGGGCGAGCUGGUGUCGGCGCGCCUGCUGCCUGCGUACCUGCGCGCGCUGGCCAGCCUGGCCGUGCCGCGCCACACGUGGGCGCUGCUGGCGCGCCGCGACGCGCUCUCCGCGCACCACCUGCUCGCCGCGCUCGCGCGCUACUACAGCAACCUCCGCGCGGACCCGGCCCCAUUCUCCGACCACUUGCAUUCGUCGUCUCUGGGCGCAUCCGCCAUCAUCACACCGGCAGCGCGGCCUGGGAAACUGCUGGUUAGGCAGGAAGAGGUGGAAGCGAUGAUAGCAGCCCUGAAGUUGAUUGCGGCGGUAGCGCGGGAAGAUGAAGCCGCUUGCGCCAACAUCUGUGAGAACCUGCAGUGGGACGCCGUUAAUAACAUGUUCGGUCUGAUCUGCUGCCACAUCCCGCUGCAGCUGAAGGCGCAGCUGUGCGUGACGCUGGCGGCGCUGGGAGCCACCGCCGCCACCGCCGGCCGCGUGUGGGCCGCGCUCGACCACGCGCGGCUCGUCUCCGCCGCCAACGACAAGCGCGCCCUCUACGCGGAGCUGCAGGAGGUGGAGUGUCGCCUGGAGGAGUACCCGUUGUCGCGCGCGUUCCUGACGCUGCUGGUGUCGCUGGCGGCGGCAGCGCCAGUACCACGCGCGCUGGGAGCAGGCGGACGAGCGCCCGGACUGGAUCCGUACCUGCACUACGUGCUCGAGCGGCUCGCACUGCCCGCGCCGCACCGCCCGCACGCACGCCCGCACGAGCGCUGGCAGGUGUUGUCACUGUGCUUCAGUCUGUUCGCACGGUGGCUUGACCAGUAUGAACCGAGUGAAGCGGACUUCCCACCAAUGGGCCGCGACCCAGACAUGAAUCCACCACCCGGUUUCCGUAUAUUAAUGCAGUUGCACACGAAAUCAGAACUAUUACGGUUGCUGCUCACCUCGCUGGAUGAAGCUCAGGAUCUGCUAGAUAAGCAACCCCAGCCGGGAAGGGAGUACGUGGAACAGAGUCUGGUCAGCGUGCUACAUAUACUGGAGCGCGGAUUAGCGCUGGAACGCGCGUUUGUGGACGCCGCCGCCGCUGCUGGCCGCGCAGUCAUCCUCGUCGGACUUUCUAAGCUCAUACUCGCUCCUGAGGGCCCGGACGAUAGCGACCGGCUGGUGACGUGCUGCAAGGUGCUGCGGCACACCGCCACGCAGGGAGCUGCCGCCGCUCGAGCCGUGGCGCUGCUGUCGCGGGCGCUGCAGCCGCCGGCCGCCGCCAGACACCUGCUCGCGUCCGUCACGCGGCGCCACUCGCUCGCCGCCGACAUGAGGCACGCGUUUGUGGAGUGCUUGGAGGCUGAAGAGUGGGCUCAAGGCGAGGAGGGCGCAGCCAUCCGUGAAGCGAAAGAGGGCGUGGUGGCGCUACUGCUGCAGGUUCUACCCACCGCGCCGCCCAACCUCGCUCAUUUCCUGCUAGGAUAUCAGAUUACAGAAGAUGUAAGCCGCAGUGCGUUGCACGAGGCAGGCGCGGCAGGCAGCCCGCGCACGUGCUUGCACGCAGCCCUCGACCUGCUCGACGCGCACCUCGCCCAAGCGCCCGCACACCGCAGCGCGCGACAUCCGCCCGCACACUCUGAAGCCGAUGCACUAGUGGAGAGUUGUUACCGACUGGUAUAUAGCCUGGUGUCCCGACCCGUCACCUCAGCCCCAGCGUUACGACUACUGCGCGCGCGGGACUACUUCCUAGCCAGACAUGUAAAAGCGGUCGUCAAUCUUGACACGGCGUCUGUGGUGACGGUGUCGGCGCGGUCGUGGGUGGUGCGAGCGUGCGCGUGCGAGGCCGGCGCCGCCGCCGCCGCGCGACACCACGCCGCGCUCUCCGCGCUGCUCACCGCGCUCACACACACCGCGCACCACCCCACGCAGGAGUGGGAGUGGUGUCUGAUCCGUCGUACGCUGGAGUCGCUGCCGGUGAGCGUGGAGCCGGCGACUGAACCACGCUGGGAGCUGUUCCACACGCACCAGCUCAGGACCGCCAUCGCUUCCUGCGAUCUACCCACAGGGGCUGGUGGAAAGCGUAUCAGUGUGUCUCGAUUGCACGCGGUGCUAGCGCGCGAGCUGGCCGCGCUGCACGCCACCGCGCCGCAGCGCACGCUCGUCGCGCACGAGAUACAGAAGGUACUGGACUACGUGACAGAAGUUAACAAGCAAAGGAAUCUGGCCGCUACGAUCACACACUACUACGACUCGUGGCGACAACUCACCGAGAUACUAUUCUGCGUCGCACCAGAGGACAUACUCAACUUGGAGUCAAGGAAAAACCUGCUACUCAAUAUACUCCAAGAUCUACUGAAUAAGAUACCGCCAGCCGAAGUGCUGCCACAGCUCGGGAACCUGGCAUCGGGGACCGUUCUCCUACUUCUAGUCAACCUCCGUCACUGUUACAUCCUCCAAAAACGCGAAUCAAAUAUGAACUCAACCGAUUUUGAAACCACAUUCUUUGGACCGUCAAAUCAGAUAAUGCAAACGAAAUCUUUAACGCUAAAGUUCAUAUUGCACAAGAUCUUAAGCUGGAUAUUGGUAUCGGGCGGCUCAACGCAGAAGAUGCGAGUGAAUCUCUACGGGGCACUAUUGAAUUACUUAAAUAUUGUUAAUUUGAGGGCAAGCCCUGCUGAGCCCGAAGAGGAAGUGAAUUCUACAUAUGUGAGCCGGUUGGAUAGUUCGAAAGCGAGGCCCAGCAAGGAGGAGUCGACAUUGAAAUCAAUGGUGAUAGAUGUUAUUAGUAGUUUUGGUGAUAAUUUGUGCUCGAUAGUGUGCAGUGACUGUAUAAACGCCGGACAUGAUGUAUGCCGAAUGGUAGCGCUGUCUUGCCUCGACACAUUGAUAGAGAUUAACCCGAGAACUGAAUGGAUGAAUACUCUCACUAAUCAAGGGUAUUUGAGGAGUCUGAUCGAUAGUCUGCUUCAGGAUGAUGAAGGAUUGAAAGAGACACUGGAGCCGAACCCGAAGUCGCUGCGGGUGCUGUACGUGUACGAGUCGAAGAUGGCGCUGCUGAUGAAGAUCGCGGGCAGCCGCGCCGGCGCGGAGACCGUGGUGGCGCAGGGCGCGCUCGCCUGCCUCGCUACCAUGCGCGCGCUCGCAGCCCACCCCGACACGCUCGCCCCGCACCACGCGCACCCACAACACCAGUUCCUGCCCUCCGUCGCCGCCAGAUUCCGUCAAAUAAUAGUGCCUGCGCUAGCGCUGUGCGACGCGCUGCUGACGACGCUGGGGACUGACAACCACAGCUGCCUGGUGCACGUGACGCACCUGCUGCUCGCACACCUCGAGUGCGUGGACAUGGUGCUCAGAGCGGCGCACCCGGACUCGCCUGUGGAGCUGCUGACGGAGGUGGAGGCGCUGACGUCGGUGGUGUCCCGAGCGUCGGACCGACACGUGGUGGGCGGCGCGGAGCCGCCAGCCGCCGCCGGCCUGCUGCGGCUGCAGGCGCUCAUGCUGGCGCUGCUGGCGCGGUUCACACACCCGCCCGCCGCGCCCGCCCGCGACUCCCUCUACUACAAGAUCGUGUGCAACCUGAUAAUGUACGCGCGCAACGUGAUGGACUGCGAAGGCUCCCGCGUGGUGGUCCGCGCGGCGCUCGCGGGCGGAGAGCCGGCGGCCGCGCCCAGCUGCGGACACCUGGUGCGGCUCGUGCAGCUGCUCCUGCAGCGCUUGCAGCUGCUCGACAAGCUGCUCGCCACGCUGCACCAUCAGCUGCAUGCUGUAGCCACCAUGACGCUCGACGAUAUGAGGAAGCUGGUAACGGAGCAGGCGACAGAGGAGGACAGUGAGGGCGCAGAAAAUGGAGACUUAAGCGUGUCCGCCGCGGAGACUUGGUCCGCGGCGGACACGCGCUCUCGCUGCGUACGCCUACUGUCGCGCCGCGGCCGCGCCCGUCGCGCUGCAAUGCAGCGCUGCAGGCUCGCGCUGGAAGCAGCGCUGCAGCUGCUGUGGGCGCACCUGCACGUGUACCUGCGACUCACCGCCGCGCCGCAGCCAGUCGGCGCCCCAGACGACGCGGUGUGCGUGGGGACAGCGUGGCGCGGCGUGGGCGGCGACGAUCUGCCCGAGCUGCGCAAGGGGCUGGUGGCAGUCUUCAAUGAACGGUUCACGGACCAGCUCAUAGAAACAUCCAAGAACCAGCCAGCGGCGUACCGGGACUUCGUCGAAGUGCUAGUAAAGGACAUUAAGAGCAUGAUCCAGUUCUCAUCGCUUUAAAUCGGAUCUCGUGUUACUACACCAUACCAUCGUCAAUAAUGGCAUUUGUAAUUGUUAAUAAUAAA